AAAGCCCUAAUCGGACCAAACCCUAGGGUUUACUCUAACCGGACCACUAAACCCAUCUUUUCUCUCCCAAUUUUCCAGAAAAAACCAUUCGCUUUCUCCCCCAUCUUCUUCUUCUUCCAGGUCCCGCUCUCUUUCUGCAACUACCCUUUUUCUUUCUCUUCGUUCUCCCUUGCUUUUCCCUUCACUUUGAGCUUGUUCUUUUCGCCGCCAUGGAGUUAGACAGAGUGGGUUACUGCUUGGACGACUCCUCUUUGUGGCUUCGUUCUGUUUUGGAAGCUUUAACGGUGGAGACACUUCUCACUGCUGCUAACUCUCUUGCUUGGUUUUUUACCACGGCAGGAGCUCUGUUAAAUGAUGUCAAUGCUCCACCAGGAUUCACUGCAAUUGGAAGAAGCUUUCCUUUUGAAGAACUUCACGCAAAGAAUAGUCCUGGUGAAGAAAAUGUAGAUGGGAGUGAAACAGAGGAUGAUAAAGAUGGGGAUGAAGUUGAUGAUGAUGAUGCAAAUGACCAGGAUGGUGGGGAAGAUGUCGAAGAUUUCUCAGCCGAAGAAGGGGAUGACGGUGAUCUAGAAGAUGACCCUGAAGCGAGUGGCAAUGGAAGGGCUGGAGGAGAUGAGGAAGAUGACGGAGAAGAUGAUGAUGAUGAUACAAAUGAUCAAGAUGACGAUGACGACGACGACGACGAAGAUUUCUCGGCUGAAGAAGGGGAUGAGGGUGAUCAGGAGGAUGACCCUGAAGCAAGUGGUAAUGGAAGAAUUGAAGGUGUCGAGGAGGAGGAGGACGACGACGAUGACGACGACGAUGGAGAUGAUGACGACGAUGAUGAAGAAGAGGAUGAAGACGAUGAGGAUGAAGAUGAUGACGAGGAAACACUUGAACCACCAGCCAAGAGAAGAAAGUGAAAAUGUUGAUUGGUUCUUUACUUUUUCUGUUAUCAGUUCACUUCCCCAUUGUGUCUGGAGUUUGAAAUAAUUAGUGAGGGGAAUUUAGCUAGUCAGCCUUGGCAUGUAGGGGUAGAAGAUUGUUGACCUUGUUAUUAAUGAACUUCCUAAAUUUAUGUUGUGGAUCCACAAUAUAUCACAAUUUAUUUGGCUAAAAAGCACUUGAUAUUUUUACAA